CAAUAUUUAUGAAAUGUUAUAAGUAAAAUGCAAUUCGUCUGACAUUAUGUUCAUUUUCAACGAUUGUGUCUAAAGUUAAAGUAAAUCAAAUAACUGAAUCCUGACCCACGAACGUGGUUUUUAUAUGCAGUAACCCCACAGUUCAUAACCGUUUAUUACCGGUUACUCACGAAAAAUCGUUUAUUGUAAUCAUUCGUUUUUUCAAUGUCAUAAAAGAAAAACAUUGUUUUCGCGUCCAAAACAUGGUAGUACCUAAUAACUAGAAUAAUUAUAUUUAUUAUACUGUUAUCACUGGGAAGUUGUAACACGUGUUGUUUGUACGCUUACCUAUAUUAAUAUGAGUAAUAACCCACGGCGACUAACCCGAAGCCAGGUUUGUACCCUACGGGAGCGAAGGCGCAGCAGAAGCGUAGGGGACACAAUGACGAGGCAGACAAAUAAUGUGCAGUCAUUGACAACAGUCUGUAACGAAGCGGAAGAAGUUAUAAAGCAAGAGAAAACUACGUUGAUUGCCGUGUUAUCAAAUAUCGAGACAUCGUUAAAUCAAUUAAAGACAAAUAUGGGAAAUAUAAAUUCUGAAAUAACAAACAUGAAAACAGAAAUAAGAAGCAUAAUCAGAAGUGAAGUAGGAGAACUGAUAAAACUUGAAAUAAAAAGUAACUUGAAGAAGUUGGAAAUUAUACUUAAAGAAUGAAAUAUGAUCGUGGGUUUGUAUGAUGAUUAUAAUAUGAAAUAAACUGUUAUAUAAAAUGUGUCUUGGUUUCGAAGCGAUUGUGUUCAUGAUCAUAACAACAAUAAUAAUAACGACAAUGAUGCGCUCGCGGCCGCCGCCCGAACUGGCUUCCCGGCGUUGCCACGCUAGCCAGCGGGUUAGCGAAUACAUGAACAAAGCUGGUCUUAACAAGUAAAUUGAUCUUUAGUUUAAUUUGUCUAAAUUAUUCAUUUUGUCAGUCCUGUUGUGAGGUAGGUAUAUCAUUAAAUAUUGAAUUUCAUUUAAUGAAUUAAUUUGUAUGUAAAAAAACUGGAUAUCUUUAGUAGUGUAAUGUUCUUGUUUCUCUGGUUUCAACAGAUCACACUUAGGAUAUUUUCAACUUUUUAUUUAAGCUAUUACACUUAUAUACGACCUAAAAUCAUAACAAUUAGCUUGUGAUAUCAUAUUGUAUCGUUUAUUUAUUUCGCGGGUGGUAAUUAGACUCGAUAAUGUUCUUAAAACUAAUUUAUUUAACACUAAAUACUAACUUAUACAUUACACUAAUUUAUUUCUUGAACUAAUUUAUUUUUACACUAAGACUAAAUUAUUUCGCCUCGUUAUUUAUUUCUGAGUCGCUUGGCCGCUUCUUUACUUUUCGCGCUCGGAAACUCGUAUUUUCUAACCUCCUUUCGGCGCCGCGCCGAACUGCUUUUAUAGAGAUUGAGGACCCACGAAGAUUGACGGGCAACUGAGUGCUGCCAAAUAUUCUCAAAACAUUUCUCGGUUUUGGGACUCUUUCAUCUAUUCAUGACUUAUAGUAAUAUCGAACAACAAUGUCCUGUCCUGUUGAUUCGCCAAAGGCUCAUGAGUCGAAGACGAAUUCAGGAUUGAUGGUCGUGCCGAUGAUUCUCCUCGAUAGACACAUACCUAUAAACGGUAUAAGCUGUCGUGAAAGAGGAGAUGCUGUAAGAAUAGAUCGGAUUGUAGUCGGAAGGAAAACGGGGAAUGUUUUGCACUUAUUUUUAUUAAUUCUGUAAAUAUUCUGAAUCCAAGAAUUAUCAUGAAGGCAUAGUCGAAUAUUGGGGUGUUGAAUUUGAUAAUGAAGACACAAACCGAACAUGUUUACGAUAACAUUAAAGUUUUAAUAGCGAUCUCUAAAUGAAAAUCCAUAAUGGAGUGUUCAGAUAUUUUAGUAGACUUCGAACAAUUAGGUGUAUCUUUUUUAUGUGCGUAUAAUAGUUGAAUACAGUUGGGGGUAUGCAAAAUUUAUUUGGUAAUCAUUUUUAACACCUUUGCCAUGCGCCAAUUGGUUUGGUCCAGAAAUGAAAAGCUAUAUUUUUGGGGUAUCUAAAAACUAGGGAAUUUAUAAAGGUUUUUCCUGGUUUUUAAAGUAAUUUUACUUGGAGUGUCGAGGAUUUUAAGUCGCUUUAAGUUGUAUUUCAUUGAUUUUUUCCAUGCGCCAAUAGGCUUGGUCCAGAAAUGAAAAGCUGUUUUGAGGUGUGUGAAAUCUAGACAUUUUGACAAUGGUUUUGAGGUAAUUUUACUUGAUUUUUGCAUGCGCCAAUUGGCUUGGUCCAGAAAUGAAAAGCUAUUUUUGGAGUGUCUAAAAUCAAGGCAUUUUGUAAGUUUUUUACAUCUUUUUCGGAUGGUUACUUUUGGGAAAACAGUAAAUUUGUAGGAUUCUACCCUGUUUUUCGUGUGCCCAACUUUUAGUGGCCUACACAUAUUUGGGAACUUUUGGGGUGGAUAAAAAUUCAUGAUUUUUGAGAGGUUUUAGGCCCUAUUUGGUUGUUUGCUUUUGGACAAACAGCUAAAUUUGUAAGAUUUUGCCUUGUUUUUUAAGACGCCAAAUGUCCUGGCCCAGAAGUAAAAAGCCAUUUUGGGGUGUGUAAAAACAAGGUAUUUUAUUGUUUUUUUUAGAGCGUAUUUGUAGGAUUCUACCCUGUUUUUCGUGUGCCCAAUUUUUGGUGGUCUACAGAUAUUUGGGAGCUUUUGGGGUGGAUAAAAAUUAAUGACUUUUGAGAGGUUCUAGGCCCUAUUCGGUUGUUUGCUUUUGGGCAAACAGCUAAAUUUGUAAGAUUUUGCCUUGUUUUUUAAGACGCCAAAUAUCCUGGCCCAGAAGUAACAUUCUAUACUCUACUAAACGAAAACAUUUAAUUUAUCUCUAAAAAUUUUUAGUUAAUUGAGUUUGUUUAGUAAAGUCCGGAAAAACAUUGUUAAUAAAAAUCAUGGCCACUGCGAAUCUGGUAGGAUUUGCUCACGUCCACUACUUUUGACUAGAAAAUAUAGAGAUUUGGUGAUUUUUGGAGAAAUUAUAUCCAUUUUCGGUCAAAAACGUGCUGAAAGUCACAAAAAAGGUAAAAACAAUUUUAAAAUUGUAGAAUCAACUUAUACGCCCGGUAUCUUUUGAUGAAAUCUGGUGAAAAAUUAGAGAAUUAAAUUGAAAAAAGUGUAAAAAAAUCUUUCUCGAGCUAAUUCGCCAACUUUUGAACUGAAAGUAUUUGCGUAACGAUCUCAGUUAAUAAUUUAAAUAUUUAAGGUCACAAGCGAAGCGAGUGCAUCAAACUUUUAAGCUGAAAUACAACUAACAAGUUAUUGUUACGUAAACCUGUUUGAAUGUUUGAUUUGUCUCCGUGUUCCGGCAUCGCUGCAAGACAGCGGACAUGAACAAUAUUUAUCUUUAAUCAAAUUAGCUGUCCGAAUAAAACAAACUCGAUAUGCACUCCAGCACCAAAUAAACUUUAUCUAAACACGGGCCAUUAAACCUUCACGUAGAAAGCGUACUUAGUUAGAAAAAUAGCAAAAAAGGUAAAUGAUCUCUUAUAUCUCCAUAAAAAAUUCACUCGUUGCUUAUUUCCCACAUUACAUAGGCAACUUAUGGAAAUUGAUGCCGCCUUUGGGGAACAUAAUUUUUAAGCGUUGGCCGUGCUGUAAAUAACCCUCGACAAACCUACACGAAAUGCAAAAACGCAAUUACGAAGGCUUACGAUCAAUUAUUAAAUAAAAGACGGGGUUAUUAAGAUAAAUCUCGAUCCUGUCAGACGCAAGCACCACGAUUCAACAAAUUAUUGAAUUGCUAAGUGUGUUCCGAGGAAGCGAUUUAUUAAUAUACAGGAAAUUAAAUCCGUCAACUUGCUUACAUUUCAAACGAUUGUUUACUGGAUAAUGCUAACUUUGCUAGUGAUAUAAUAAGGCUAUUACGAUAAUUUAGAGCACAACCUUGACUGAGCAACCCCUAUUACAAAACUGAAUUUUGAGCAAUAACGCGAGUAAGCACUUUGCAAACGUUCCACAUUUUCUGCAAGUCGGGCCAGUUCUAAUUAAACACAACACCGAAAUGGACGUAAUUUUUUUAUACUUUGCAUUUUUUUACUUUUAUACGUGCCAAAGUGCCUCACUUCAUAAAAAAAACGAGACUCUUGAAAUUUUGAAAAAGGACGUGUCACAAGUGGGGAGUGCUAUUGAAAAUUUCACUUUCGAUAUCCUCGGUGAAUUGUUGGAUGAUUCCGAGGAUCAAGAAACCACAACGAUUGAAAGUGUGAGGAGCAAAAGGUCGGUUGAAGACGAUGUCCGAGAAUUGUGCCACAAACGGUGCCAAAAAGCGCAAGAAGUUGAAACGCAACAAAUUAAGGACUUGACGGUUGAGGUCAAAAAGUUGAAACAACUCGUAAAAUUGUUGCAAGACCAACAAAAAAUUAUUGAAGUACUUGAGCAAAAGAAUAACACGGGGAAAGAAGCAAAAGAGGAGAAGGUUGAAGAAAAUGUGCCAAAUCACGAACAACUCGCCAAAAUUAAAACUGACUUGACGGAAGUCAUCAAGGAUUUGAACGAGACAAGGGAACUGAUCGACUUACAAAAACAAAAAGACGAGAUUUUGGAAGAAGAAUUGAUGAGACAGAAGGAUGAAAUUACCAAACUUAAAUCAAUUGUUGAAAAAAUAGUACAGAAAAACGAGACAAUUGAUGAUUCCCCUCACAUUUCGGCUCGUGCUAGUGAAUUGACAAAUAUCCGAAAGUUCCUAAAGUCACUCCCUGAUGAUGACGACGAUGAGGACGACAUUCACGCCAAACUAAUCCAACUAGAGAAGCAAAUUAAGAAGAAGAGGCGCCAGGAAAGCCUCUUCACCGAACUGAAAAACCUCGAAAAAAAUUUAGAUGAAGAUAACGGGGACAGCGACCUCCUGAAGCAAAUCAUCAAAGCGCUCAAAAAAUCCGAACCUGAGCGCAAAAGCGACUCCCUCGAAAUCACCAAUUUAUCGGACUUGGAAGAGGCGAUAAACCGUCUGCGCCCCAAAGAGUCCGACUCGGCCCAAUUUCAAUCCGUCUUGACCAAAUUAAUUAAUAAACCACAAACGCCAAUUACAAUAACCCCCCAACAGAUGAGCGAGCUCACUAAGAAAUUAGCCCCAAAUAAUCGCCCCUACAUUUGCAUAGCUGAUGACGGGGCGAAAAACAACGGUUAUGCAGUGCCGUAUUCCCGGAAUUUCCCCUUUUACCCGCCACUUGACCACAAUCAAUUUUUUCCGGGACAAGUUGCGCCACCGAAUUAUUACACUCCGGGAAGCGCUAAUGGGGUGGGUUCUGAGAAACAGUUCGGUUAUCAGGCAAAUGGUGACAAGUACCAGGAAGACUUGAAGCAACAGAUCGACGGCCUUCAGGCGGCUAUUGAUAGUUUGAAUCGGCCUGAAUACUUGCAAAGGCCGGAAGAUAAGGCGAUUGUGGAUGACUUGGAGCGGCAAAUCGGCGAUUUGCGGAGUUUAGUCACCAAUUUGAAUUAUGAAGGGGUCAGGGCGAAAAGAUCGACCGAAAAUAACGAAGUUGAAGAAAAAAACAGCGAGGAACUUAUCAAGGAGAUGAGUCAUUUCGUCAAUAAAUUGUUUAAGGAGAAUAACGCGACGAGUCAAGCGAGACAGUUUGGGGAAAUUCAGGACAAGAUUAAUUCGAUCAAAAAAGAAUUAGAUGGUGGCAAAAGCCGGGCGGCUAAUGACUACGCCCCGCCAUCUUUUUCCGAAUUAUUGAACCCUUUGCCAAAAGAAGUCAAGUCAAGCGUCAAAAACGACUUCUUCACCGAUGUCAUUGGCCGUAUUUUGGACAAACUCAUUUCAGCAAUCCCCAUAGUUAUCCAGAAAUUGUUCAACUUCAGUCUGGACGAGUUGUCCAAAAACGAUUACUCCGAUUACGACGUCCAGGUCCUUUAUAAAAAUCUCGGGAUUUUCGCGUAUUUGCCCGUAAUUAUCUUACGGCUGGUCAAAGGAAUCAGUGCCUUUAUGAACAUGUUACGCAAAAACAGCUUCUUUAAAAAUUUCCUAAUGCCGGCGAUUAUCUUGGCCACGGUGGCCGGUGCCGUAAUUUUCCUGAUUUGGUGGCUGCAGCCCGACACUUCAAAUAAUCCGUACGGUUACAUCAGUGAUAACAGCGACCCGAAUUAUCAAUACGCCGGAAAUUAUCAGUAUUCGGGAAAUAAUCAAUAUCCGGUCAGCACUAAUAGUCCAGUGUAUAGCAGGAGCUACUUUAAUAAAUAAUUUUUU